AUGGUUAACAUAACGCCAUCGGUGAAGUUAUUUUAUGGUGGUCAGCAAAAGUUGCUUCACAUUUUCUCCCUGUGGCCGCCGACCCAAGUAAUUGACCACCGUUGGCUAAGAUGGGCUUAUUUGAUAAAUUUUGUUCAUGUUUUGGUAUUUUGGUGUUUACUUUUCGAUUUGAUAUUGGUUUUGUAUAUUAUUCGUAACAUAAAUGUCAUGGAUGAGGUUAUAAGAGCAUUCUUUCUGCUGGCUACCUGCAUAUCCUAUACCUUCAAAUUCAUCUUUGUCAAAGCGAAUAAUAUGCAUUUUCUGCAACUCUUUGAACGUUUCCAAGAGAACGAAGUGACACAUGGAGGAUACAGUCCAGAGGAGCAAUAUAUAUUUAAUUCCACCAUCGAAUUAAGUCGCAAAUUACGCAAUUACUAUGCAAGCAUAUCGCUAUCGGCUUUGCUAAUGAUUAUAUUCUCUCAAUACUGUAUUGAUCCCAACGAAUUACCUUUGGCCACAUAUGUACCCUUUGAUGUAUCUGAUUCCACAUCGUUACGUUAUCGGCUAAUGUAUGCCUAUCAGUGUGUGGCUUUGACCCUAUCGUGUAUUUUCAAUAUCUUUCUUGAUUCUAUGUUUGCUUCAAUCUUUAUCUAUGUGAGAUGUCAAAUGGACAUAUUGGCAUUAAGACUACGAAAAAUUGAUGCCAAUUUAAAGGAGCCUGUGGAAAUGCAAUUGAAAAAAUGCAUUCAAUAUUAUAUGAACAUUAACGAAUUGAAUCUGGCCAUUGAGAAAUUGGUCUCAAAACCCAUUUCAGUGCAAAUUUUGUGCUCCGUUUUAGUUUUAACGGUUAAUUUUUAUGCCUUGUCGUUGCUUUCAGAUAAUGGUUUAGUAUUCUUAAAGUAUUUUCUCUAUCAAUCAUGCAUGUUGGUUGAGAUUUUUAUGUUAUGCUUCUUUGCAGGGUGAGUACAAUUAGUUAGUGGUAAAAUUUGUAUUGUAUCUUCUUUUUUCUUUAAUCUGGAUAUCUAUAAAUCGGAUUGGGUACAGUGGAAAAAAUCUGAUCGUCGUCUUAUGUUGAUAUUCAUGCAACGACUAAAUCGACCCAUCAGGAUAAGGUCUAUCAAUGCCAGUCAAGCCUUUGAUUUGGCUUUAUUCGUUUCCGUAAGUUAA